GCGCCGCGGUCGGCCCGGAGGCAGAGCCGGAAGCGCUUGUUUGACCCUCGGUCCCCCUGUUUUCGAGGAGGUAGCCGUCCCCCCACCCUCUCCGCCUCCCCUCCCCACCCCUCCUCGGGAGGCCGAAGCCCCCAGCCUGGGCGGGGCGGCGCAGCCCGAGCGCGGACCCGGAAGGAGCGCCGUCCCCCGCCUCCGCCAUGGAGCCCGCCGCGCCGUCCCUGACCGAGGAGGACCUGACCGAAGUGAAGAAGGACGCUUUAGAAAAUUUGCGUGUGUACCUGUGUGAAAAAAUCAUAGCUGAGAGACAUUUUGAUCACUUACGUGCAAAAAAAAUACUCAGUAGAGAAGACACCGAAGAAAUUUCCUGCCGAACAUCAAGUAGAAAAAGGGCUGGAAAAUUGUUAGACUACUUACAAGAAAACCCCAAAGGACUGGACACCCUGGUCGAAUCUAUUCGGCGAGAAAAAACACAGAACUUUCUGAUACAGAAGAUUACAGAUGAAGUACUGAAACUUAGAAAUAUAAAACUAGAACACCUGAAAGGACUGAAGUGCAGCAGCUGUGAGCCUUUCCCAGAUGGCGCCACCAGCAACCUCCCCAGGUCAAAUUCGGAUGAGAGUAAUUUCUCUGAGAAACUGAGAGCCUCCACUGUCAUCUACCAUCCGGAAGGAGAAUCCAGCACGGCCCCCUUUUUUUCGACUGAUUCCUCUCUGAAUUUGCCCGUCCUGGAAGUGGGCAGGACUGAACACCCCACCUUCUCUUCAACGACGCUGCCCAGACCUGGGGACCCGGGGGCACCUCCUUUGCCACCGGAGCUGCGCUUAGAAGAAGAAGGAACCUGUGGAAACUCCAGCGAGAUGUUUCUCCCCCUGAGAUCACGUGCUCUUUUGCGGCAAUGACAGCUAACUACCUUUUUCUUUAUUUUUGAUGAUGACCAGAAAAUGUGAUUGAUAAAAUAUAGCAUCAUAUAAAGUUGCUAGAGUGACUUACUAACUUUUGAUACACGUCCCUUUAACAUGCCAUGUAAGCAUACUUUGUAAAUAGACUCUUUUAGAAUAAAAGAAGCAUACUUUUAGAUAGCUAAAGUCAGUCAUGUUGAUCAUGGGCUUUUCAGUAUUUUGUAUUCUCAGUUUUAAGGUAAUUUAGUAUGUUCACUUUUUUUUUUAAUGAUUUAAGACUAACAGAGAACAUUUCUCCACUUGAGAAUAGUCGUGGCUGGGAAGAGUGUUUCUUUGUGCAUUUGUGCUAAUAAGUCUCACAGUCUAAUAGUCCCUUCUGACGUCCAUCGGUCCCCCCUGGGGAUGAAGCUGUUCGUAUUCAGUGGUAAAGCCAAUCUCUUUGGGAACAGCGCCAGUGAGCGGAAUCUUUUCCCCACUCAGCGGGACCCACGGGCACAUGCAGGGCCACCUUGUAGUUCAGAGGAGCAAGUAGUGGAAUUUGACCAAAAGAUAACAAUUUGCCAAAAUACAUUUCCUAUUAAAUCUUACAAAUUUAUUCUACUUUAAGAUGUUCAUAUUUUUUGCUUUAUUAUUUUCAUUCCUAAAGAAAAAUCUUGAAAUAACCUUAAGUUAUUACAUAUAAUUUGAGGGGACUUUCAAACAUACUUUUUCUGUACUUUUCUUUAUCCCUUUUAAUGACUACUGUACAGUUGAAAUAAUUAGAACAAAAUUGUGUGGGUAUGAGACAGUUCUGCUUUUAAUACUGUUUGGAACAAAUGGGCCAUUGAAGUAGAUUUGUCUUUUUGUUCUAUAACAAAGUUUGACUAAUUUUUACACAUUUAUAAACCUGCUUUCAUUGUUUUCAUUAAAUUAUAAUUCUGCCUAUUUCCUGCCAUCUGUCUCAUAGAUAUUUCCAGCACUUGCAAAAAGCAGAGAUGGAAAUAUGCCAUUCAAAAUAAACAUAUUUAAAUUGUAGUGUUGUGUUUUGGAAGUUUAAACUUUUUCAGUAAUAAAUAAAUAUCUAAAAUUU